UAGGCACCAAGGAUGGAUCAAUAUUAAAUAACAGAUUCACUAUCAUGAUGGUUGCUGACCAAAAUGAUCACAUCAGAGAAGCCAUGGUCUUUCCAGAAUUCACAACUGGAUUCAAGGCUUUCAGGAGUUGUGGGCUUUUAUCUGACAGUGAUCCUAAGUUAUGGCUACAGAUAUUCGUGUUCCCCAUAAAAUGUGAGGGAAAAUCCAGUAAUUGCUUUUUUUAAUUGACCUCUCUUGUCUUUGGGAUAUUUGAUGUUAAUCUUUCCCCCAAAAUUUGUCAAGCUCUUUGCCAACAUUUGUUUUCUGACCACAAUGAGUCAAUUUCAUCAUAAGAAUAAACUACAACAAUUUCUGAUGGGUCUAUUCCUGCAACUCAGAACAUUUCCAAGGCAGAAGCACCAGAAGAUUCAGGACGUGCUUAGGCAGAGGAGUGACAAGCCAUGAGUUCCAAACAGCAGUUUGUCAAACUAAACGAUGGCCACUUCAUUCCUGCCCUGGGUUUUGGCACCUAUAAACCCCAAGAUGUUCACAAAAGCAAGUCACUGGAGGCUGCCAACUUAGCUAUAGGUGUUGGGUUCCGCCAUAUUGAUACUGCUUAUGCGUAUCAAGUAGAAGAGGAGAUAGGACAGGCCAUUCAAAACAAUAUUAAAGCUGGUGUUAUAAAGAGAGAAGACAUGUUCAUCACUACAAAGCUAUGGUGUACUUUCUUUCGGCCAGAGCUGGUCCAGCCUGCUUUGGAAAAACAACUGAAGAAGCUUCAACUGGACUAUGUUGACCUUUACAUUAUGCACUACCCAGUGCCAAUGAAGCCAGGGGAUAUUGAUUUUCCAGUAGAUGAAAAAGGGAAAUUGCUAUUGGACACAGUGGAUUUCUGUGCCACGUGGGAGGCAUUGGAGAAGUGUAAGGAUGCAGGAUUGGUCAAAUCUAUUGGGGUGUCCAACUUUAACCACAAGCAGUUAGAGAGAAUCCUGAAUAAGCCAGGGCUUAAGUACAAGCCUGUCUGCAAUCAGGUUGAAUGUCAUCUGUAUUUAAACCAGAGUAAGCUGCUGGAUUACUGUAAAUCAAAAGACAUUGUUCUGGUUGCUUAUGGUGCUCUGGGAACCCAACGAUAUAAAGAAGGGGUGGAUCAGAAUUCUCCAGUUCUCUUGCAUGAUCCAGUUCUUUGUGAUGUGGCCAAAAAGAACAAUCGAAGUCCCGCCCUGGUUGCUCUUCGAUACCUGCUUCAGCGUGGGGUUGUGCCCCUGGCACAGAGUUUCAAAGAAAAUGAGAUGAAAGAGAAUUUGCAGGUUUUUGAAUUCCAGUUGUCUCCUCAGGAUAUGAAAACCCUGGAUGGCCUGAACAAAAAUUUUCGAUAUCUUCCAGCUCAGUUGUAAGUAAUGUUGAUAAACAACUCAUCUCAGUUUAUUUCAUGUCCAUGUCUCUGCCUCCUUCUUCCAUCCAUG